UGGCGUUUCCACCCCGUGGUUUCCACCCCGUGAGUGUUAGUCCCGAAAUUUAAGGGUAAAUUAUCUAAUCUCUCUGUAAAUUUUACAAAUGGGUGAUAACGAUGAUUAUUAUGAUGGUGACGGGACAAUGGAGUCUUUGGCAACCUCUCCAGAGGUCACCUACAACUGGGUAGAUAUUACUUCUGAUUUCUUCAAGCAUAUUCAAGUUCUUCAAUUAGGCGAGCUCCUACACGAUGGCCACUUGUUCGGACUGUUUGAGGCAAUGUCGGCCAUUGAGAUGAUGGAUCCCAAAAUGGACGCUGGAAUGUUAUGCAAUCGCGGAAACCCUAAGCCACUUAAUUUCCAACAAGCUGUUGCAGCUGGCAAGCUGAAAAUAGAUGACAUAGAACCGAGUGAGCUGAUCGGAAUCAUAGAUGCAACUAAGGCCUGCAUUGUGUCUUGGUUGGAAGGACACUCGUUGGCCCAAACUGUCUUCACCAACCUGUAUUUGCACCAACCCCACAAUAUUGUGAACAAGACGUUGAAAGCAUAUUGCAUUGCAGUGUACAAGUUAUUGGAUUGCAUCAGAGAUUGUAUUAACAAGGCCCAAGUGUUUGAAGAAGAAGAUUUUCAACCUAUGGGCUACGGUUAUCGUCUUGGCUCGAACCCGCAGACUGGGAAUACUUAUGAUGUCAAUCUUGAGGUGACUGAGCAAAAGUGCGUUGCUAUGUUAAGGGAGCAGGAAGAGGAGCUGAAUAAAAAAGCUAGAAGUAGUGAAGAUGAUGCGUACAACCUCUGGGCAGCACUUGCAGCAAGGAUUCGCUUCACCAGAAUGUUCUACCAAGCUCUCCUCCUGAUUACGAAGAGAGACUCACAGUCCGGAGUGGACUGUGUUGCACUGCUGAACGGUUGCUCUGAGAUGAUGAAGGUCAUCAUCAAAACAGCUGGGAAGGGAACACAACCUGUUGAGAAUUCCGACUCCCCAAACCCGAUGGGCUUCGAGCCGAUGAUCAACCAGCGUCUGCUGCCGCCCACUUUCCCGCGGUACACGCGCAUCAAGCCGCGCGCCGACGCGCUGCAGUACUUCGACGAGCUCGUCGCGCGGCUGCGGCACGCGUGGAAGAUCACCUCGUGCACCAACUUCCAUACCGCGCUGGACUUCUUCAUGGAGUUCAGCCGGCAGCGCGCGUGCAUCCUCUCGCGUUCCGCGCUACAACUGUUGUACCUCAGCCCGUCGCCCGCCACCACGGCCUCCAUGGCUCAAAGCGCGAUGAACUCGCCCGCGGGCCAGCCGCGGCCGCAGCACGCCUUCGCCGAGAUACUGCGGGAGUCCGUCAAGAGCUUCGUCAACCCGCCCGCCCUCACGGCCAAGUCGCCCGUCCUGUCUACGCCGCAGGCCCGUGAGUUCGUGGAGAACUUCCUGGCCCGUUGCGUCCGCCCGUUCGCAGUCCUACUGCAAGUGUGCGGACACAACCGCGCGCGGCAGCGGGACAAACUUGCCUUGUUGUUGGACGAGUUCGCAGCUCUGCAGGAAGAGGCGGAGAGCGUGGAUGCGGUGCUGAGCGGUGCCGCGGGGACAGGCCCCCGGGCUUGCUUCGGCACUUGGAUCCUGUACCACGUACUAAGGGUCAUGAUCGCCUAUCUACUGUCCGGACUCGAACUAGAGCUCUACAGUGUUCACGAGUAUCACUAUAUCUUUUGGUAUUUAUACGAGUUCCUAUACGGCUGGCUAGUGUCAGCGCUUGGCCGCGCUGAGACCUUGGCGGGUGAAGGCGCCAAGCGCCAAGACGCCAAGCGGGCCGGCGCUAGAAAACAGAAGAAGAGGACCAGGCCGUAUGCUAGGGAGGGCCUCAUGUGCCAAGUCAUGCAGAACAUGUGCGGAGGUUACUAUAAGGCACUGGUCGCGUUCAAAUUACAAGGCAAGAUCCGGCAGCCGCAGUCCGCGUUCGACAACGAGGCCGUCCGCUACAAGCACCGCUUCGCGCCGCUGUCCGUGCUCACGCCGCCGCAGGUGCACUACCACGAGUUCUGCGAGAUGACGCAGCCGCUGCAUCGCGUUCCAGCUACAAGGCAAGUCCGGCAGCCGCAGUCCGCGUUCGACAACGAGGCCGUCCGCUACAAGCACCGCUUCGCGCCGCUGUCCGUGCUCACGCCGCCGCAGGUGCACUACCACGAGUUCUGCGAGAUGACGCAGCCGCUGCAUUGCGUACCAGCUGCAAGGCAAGUCCGGCAGCCGCAGUCCGCGUUCGACAACGAGGCCGUCCGCUACAAGCACCGCUUCGCGCCGCUGUCCGUGCUCACGCCGCCGCAGGUGCACUACCACGAGUUCUGCGAGAUGACGCAGCCGCUGCAUCGCGUUCCAGCUACAAGGCAAGUCCGGCAGCCGCAGUCCGCGUUCGACAACGAGGCCGUCCGCUACAAGCACCGCUUCGCGCCGCUGUCCGUGCUCACGCCGCCGCAGGUGCACUACCACGAGUUCUGCGAGAUGACGCAGCCGCUGCAUUGCGUACCAGCUGCAAGGCAAGUCCGGCAGCCGCAGUCCGCGUUCGACAACGAGGCCGUCCGCUACAAGCACCGCUUCGCGCCACUGUCCGUGCUCACGCCGCCGCAGGUGCACUACCACGAGUUCUGCGAGAUGACGCAGCCGCUGCAGCAAGUCCGGCAGCCGCAGUCCGCGUUCGACAACGAGGCCGUCCGCUACAAGCACCGCUUCGCGCCGCUGUCCGUGCUCACGCCGCCGCAGGUGCACUACCACGAGUUCUGCGAGAUGACGCAGCCGCUGCAGCAAGUCCGGCAGCCGCAGUCCGCGUUCGACAACGAGGCCGUCCGCUACAAGCACCGCUUCGCGCCGCUGUCCGUGCUCACGCCGCCGCAGGUGCACUACCACGAGUUCUGCGAGAUGACGCAGCCGCUGCAUCGCGUUCCAGCUACAAGGCAAGUCCGGCAGCCGCAGUCCGCGUUCGACAACGAGGCCGUCCGCUACAAGCACCGCUUCGCGCCGCUGUCCGUGCUCACGCCGCCGCAGGUGCACUACCACGAGUUCUGCGAGAUGACGCAGCCGCUGCAUCGCGUUCCAGCUACAAGGCAAGUCCGGCAGCCGCAGUCCGCGUUCGACAACGAGGCCGUCCGCUACAAGCACCGCUUCGCGCCGCUGUCCGUGCUCACGCCGCCGCAGGUGCACUACCAUGAGUUCUGCGAGAUGACGCAGCCGCUGCAUUGCGUUCCAGCUGCAAGGCAAGUCCGUCAGCCGCAGUCCGCGUUCGACAACGAGGCCGUCCGCUACAAGCACCGCUUCGCGCCGCUGUCCGUGCUCACGCCGCCGCAGGUGCACUACCACGAGUUCUGCGAGAUGACGCAGCCGCUGCAAUAUGAAAACCCUGUGAUACUGUACCUUGGAGGGUGCAAGCACUUUCAGCAGGCCAGGUCCCUUUUAGAAACUAUUACAACGCCUGAUCAAGAGGUUUCGGAUCUCCUAAAAGUAGCCAAAACUAAUUUCGUAGUCCUAAAAUUAUUAGCCGGAGGUCACAAAAGGGACUCGACCACGCCUCCUGAAUUCGAUUUCUCCGCCCACAGACAUUUCCCUAUCAUAAAACUAGUCUAAUUUCUGUAAAUAAGUUAAAACAAUUGACGACUUAUAUUUUAAUCAAGAGAACUGGCCAGUAAAUAAUAUAAGACACGAUGAAAAAAGUUAAUCUUCUUUUUUUGUAAAAGUAUUUACAGUGGCAGGCUGACUUGGAAAGAUUAGAUGGCGCUAGUAUAGUAACUGUUGGCGGUCUUGUCAGCUGUCAUUUAUUGGUUCAUUUGUUUUCUUUUGCGAUGAAAAAUAACCCGACAACAAUGAAAAGGUUAUAAGUUCCUUUAUUUUCACAUUUAACAGCGCUGGCUGUUCUAUAUCUCAAAUUAUUUUUUUCCAUUCCCUAACACCAGAGAUUUUUCCACUCUUUUCACUAAAAUUGACAAAAAUAAGUAUUUCAAGCAUGCGAAACGCGAAUUUAGCGUGACGUUUUAUAACCUUGAGCUACACUAGCGCCGCCUGGCGGGAACAAAAGCUAGAAUUGCUGCCAUUGUAACGACGACGGACUGUGAGUUGGAGCUUGAAAAGAUAUAAAUUUACGGUAACUUAAAACUAGACAGGGAAGGUUUUUAUGAGCCCAGUAAGGAGAUGUCCCAAUAGAAUCAGAUAAAAGUUGUAAUUUUAAGAAUAGGGGGUGAUUUGAAUAUUGUAAAACUCUAAAUACAAAUUUGUCAGAUAAGAAUUGACGGCGCAAUCUAAGAGGAGGAUCAGUGCAUUCAACCUGUAAAGAAUUAAUAGGGCUAGAUUUCAUUGUACCAGAAAUAAUACGAAGAGCCUUUGAUUGGAUGAUGUCCAUUUUUUUCAGACCGACUAGAUUGCAAGGUUCUAAGAAGUAAGCUCCAUAAUCAAGAACACUACGUAUUAUGGCGUUAUAUAGAAGUUUUAGGGAGGAAGGGUGAGCACCAUUAAAAUUUAAUUUGUUAUGUAAUUUAAUUUUUAUGUUUCCGGAUUAUUUAUCAUUUUGUUCUCUCCUUUAUUUUCCUGAUCCUUUGCAACCUUUUUUUUUUCCGUUUUCCAUUUUUACUUUCCUAUACGUUUCCCAACCUUUACCUUACUUCGUCGUGGCUGACGCACAAGCCGUGCAUGCCAUCAUAGGGAAAAAAAAAAAAAAAAAAAAAAACGACGACGGACAUGUAAAAAGUUUUUCGCAGCCUCUUUAAAGUUAUUUACAAUUUUCCCACAACUUUUUUAUAUUGUUUGCAAAUACAAAGUACAAUCAUUGUGUGAAAUAAUUACGUUGUGCAUCUGGAUUUACCAAUACUUUGUCUUGCGAUAAAUCGAUAUCGACUAGUCUUGUAUAAUUGUCACAACAUCACAUAAUUAGUAGUUACUAUAGAGUUGCGUGAAAAACGAAAUCCUAACUAUUAUGUAUAACAUCUAAUUAAAGAUAAUCUGAGCUAAAUGUUGCUAAAUACUAUGUAAGAUAAUAAUAGUAUAAUAGUUUGCUUCCGCAUCUCUGAAAUUGAUCUAUUGAGUAAUUGUAACAACUUGAACAAUUAAUAAAAUUAUUUAUGUUAUUCUAACAUUAAAGCCAAAGGAUAAAAUAGGUAUUUUGAUACUUUAAAAUUAAAACUAGACGUCUUGUGUACGAAUAAAAAAGCAGAAAAUGACUGAAGUGUGACUAGCAAUUUUAUUUUUGUGAAUAACAUUAUAAAAGAUAUAUACGACUGUACCGGGACGUAGCCCGUUGUAGAGGUUUAUUUAUAAAUAAAUAGAAAGAGAUUUUAAUCAAAUUGUAUUAUAAAAUCCAUUCUUGUAUCUUAUAGAUGUCUAUGUCUUGAAUAUUUGUACAUAAAUGUGUGCAUUAAAGGUAUUUAAUGGAGUAAUUAAAA